AUGGCAUGUGCCGAGGAAGGUAAGACUUUCAAAACUGUGAGUGCUGUCCGUCUGGCGCGAGCCAUCGAAGAAGCCUACGGGAAGCUCCAAGCGGUCGUGCGACAAAGGAAUGGAACCAUUCUUUUUGAAGCGCGUACCGACGAGCAGAUUGUAAAAAUUCAAAAUACGAAGCAGAUUGCCGGCCUCCAGGUAGUAGUCACGGUUCAUCCCACCUUGAACCUGAGCAAAGGCGUAGUCAACCACGAGGACUUUGCUACUGAAACGGAGGAAGAUCUUCUAAACUUUUUUAAGACCCAUGGCGUGACUGAGGUGUACAGGAUCGGAAGGAAGGAGCAGGGGAAAGUGAUCCCUACUUCUACCCUGAUCCUUACUUUUGACCGACCAUCCCUCCCGGAAAGGAUCGUUACCGCUUUCUACAACCUCCGUGUGCGGCAGUAUGUGCCGAACCCUUUGCGCUGCUUCAAGUGUCAAAGGUUUGGGCAUACCCAACAGCGAU